AUGUCCAUGGUUACGCGCUACACAAAUUGCCGUGUUCUCCGAGAUGACUCCCUCCUUGACGACGACCUGUGGGUAGCUGAUGGGCACAUCAUUAACCCUAAAAACUAUUUCUGGAACUCCAGGAAGAUCCCUGACAGGACUUUCGACUGCCAGGGUAAGAUCAUAGUACCAGGGUUCAUUGAAUCUCAGAUUAAUGGUGGGUUUGGUGUGGAUUUCUCGUCUAACGUAGACUCUUUAAAGGAGGGUUUAGCGUCGUUCAGGAAGGAGAUAACACAGUUCGGUAUCACAGGAUUCUGUCCAACUAUGAUCACGUCUCCAUGUGAAGUCUACAAAAAAGCACUGCCACUGCUGAGGAAACAGCGAGGUAACCUGGUACAAGGUGCUGCGGUGCUGGGGGCCCACGUGGAGGGUCCUUUUAUUAACAAAGACAAAAACGGGGCUCACCCAACUGAGUUCAUUCAGUCACAAUGUCUGUCCUCAAAAGAUGAGAUUAUCGACUUCUUCGGGUCUAUAAACAAUAUUACCAUCAUGACAAUAGCACCUGAGCUUCCUAAGGCCCUGGAAAUGAUAGAGUGUCUUGUAAAGAACAAUGUGAUAUGCUCUAUAGGCCACUCCACUGCAAAUAUAGAUGAAGCAGAGGGUGGUGUAAACACUGGUGCUACUUUCAUUACUCAUCUGUUCAACGCAAUGCAGCCCUUCCACCACAGGGACCCCGGCAUUGUGGGCAUAUUAUCUAGUGUAAAGUUAAACAGGAAGUGUUAUUACGGGAUUAUAGCUGAUGGUCUGCACACUCACCCUGCUGCACUGAGAAUAGCACACAGAACUAAUGCACCGUGCGCUGUGCUGGUCACUGAUGCCAUGGCUGCUAUGGGGUUAGGCGAUGGGUCACAUUGUAUUGGCUCUCAGUCUGUGACUGUGACGGGAAAGAAAGCUGUGAUAUCGGGGACUGAGACACUGGCAGGAAGUGUGGCCACUAUGAACUCUUGUGUUGAAAACUUUAUGAGGAACUCUGGUUGUACUUUGGUUGAGGCGGUUAAUUGUGCUACAAAACACCCGGCACAGUUGCUGAAAUGUGUGGAUUUGUACGGAACACUGGACUUUGGGACGGUCGCUGAUUUUGUUAUUAUUGAUACUGAUGUUAACGUUUUAGCUACUUUUAUUGGAGGUGAUUGCGUUUACAAGUCUGACAAUAUUGUUGGGUUUUUUGAUUGAAAUGUUUAUUUUGAAAAUACUAUUUUUUGAAAAAAGAAAUAUAUAUAUUUCUUUUUUAAGUUUUUUAUUCUUAGAUAUUGAUUGUUUAUACAUUUUUUGACAUUCAGAAAUAUGUAGAUUAGUGAUAUUUUAUAAGAUUGGGCCCUUACUUAA